AGACUCCGCACACGCGUUCGCGUCACGUGCAGCGCGCCUCAUGAUAUGCGGGACCGCGCUCCCGCCGUUCUCGGAACCUCACCAGUCCGCUGCCGUCGACCACGGCCGUCGCAGACCACCGGCGACAAACAUGUCGAACGCGCAGCCCAGGGCGAACCUCCGAUGUUCCAGCUCGCUCACAACUCACCCCACUCGCCGUGGGAAAUCCCCGCCUCACUGAUUUUUCAGCGUAUGGAAUGAUCGGCUAAUGCAUACCCGGCUUUUUGACCUGCUCCCCUCGGCGACGGAUUCACGAUGCUGGCUGGUGUACGACGACCGGUAACAAGAACGAUCUUCGGAUGUUCGCGGCGAUGGAUGAGUGUGCGGCCCCAGGAGGCACCUUCGGGAUCGUCGCAACCUCGUAAGAAGGUGACGAUUGCCAAGCUACAUGCCAUGAAGCGCUCGAAGACGCCGAUAACUAUGCUUACCGCGUACGACUACCCCACCGGACUAGCGUGUGACUCGUACGAUGCCGACAUCACCCUCGUUGGCGACUCGCUCGCUCAGGUCUGCCUCGGUUACGCAUCCACCACCGCGCUAACGCUGGACGAGAUGUUGCAUCACUGUCGCGCGGUCGCACGCGGGUCGAAAGCCCCUCUCUUGGUGGCGGAUAUGCCGUUUGGGACAUACCAUGUUAGUGCGGAAGACGCUGUACGGAGCGCGGUACGCCUCCUGCGCGAAGGCAGCGCUGUUGAGGCUGUCAAGCUCGAGGGCGGAGCAGAGCUAGCGGGUACCGUCCGCCGCCUGACGGAAGUGGGCAUCCCGGUCAUGGGCCACGUUGGUCUGCAGCCGCAGCGGCACGUCGCGCUCUCGGGAUACCGUGUGCAAGGGAAGGAGGCCGCUGCCGCGGCGCGUGUGGUGCGCGACGCACUCGCGGUGCAAGAGGCGGGCGCGUUUGCGAUCGUAGUAGAGGCCGUGCCGUGGCAGCUGGCGGAGUACGUGACGGAGCGUUUGAGCGUGCCGACGAUCGGGAUUGGUGCGGGCCCGAGGACAAGCGGGCAGGUGCUCGUGUGGGACGACGUGAUGGGAACUUGGUCGGGCCAUAAAGCAAAGUUCGUGCGCCGAUUUGCGGACGUGAGGAGUGAGGUGAAAAGGGGUGUCGAGGCGUACAGAGAGGCCGUGCGCGACCGAAGCUUCCCCUCAGUAGAGGACCACAGCUAUGCGAUGGAUCCCGGUGAGUGGGAGAGGUUCCUCGAGAUGGAGGCCAGGGAAGGCAGGGGCGCGCAGUCCAGCUGAAUGCAGGAAAGUGGUAAUCC